AGUAAGUGAAAAAAAAUUAUUUGUCUACCCUUUCCAAAUUCCCCAGGCUCUCCAAGAAGGCCAGCAGAAGUCUGUGAGACUAGAGUGGUAGGCCUUGCUGGGGCCCUUAUCAUCUCUGAGGAUGGCCAGGAUGUUGCUCAUUUCCUUGGCCAGCUGUCUCCUCAUUGUAAAUCAGGCCUCCAUCAUCAGACACUGUGAUUUGGCCAGAGUUCUGCACCAGGAGCAUUUGGACGGGUUUGAGGGCUACUCCCUGAGUGACUGGUUGUGCUUGGCUUUUGUGGAAAGUAACUUCAACAUAUCAAAGGUAAAUGAAAAUGUAGAUGGCAGCUUUGACUAUGGCAUCUUCCAGAUCAACAGUCACUAUUGGUGCAACAAUUACCAGAGUCACUCAGAAAACUAUUGCCACGUGGACUGUGAAGAUGUGCUGAACCCAAACCUUCUUGCAGCCAUCAACUGCACAAAGAUGAUUGUAUCUGGAUGGGGGAUGAGGAACUGGGUAGAAUGGAGGUUGCACUGUGCAGGACGGCCACUCUCCUACUGGAUGACAGGAUGCCGUCUGGGAUGAAGCAGGUUCAGGGCCACUGGGACUCAUUCUGGGGCCCCUGUCCUCAUUUGGGGAUUCUUUACUUCCUCUUGCUUCCACCUGGCAUUAUUUUCUCUCCUUCUCAUUCACAAGUAGAACUGACCAGAGCCACAGGGGAUAAAUGCCUUUCUUAGGCUUUCUCCUUGAACCCAUCCAGGCCCCUGUCCUUGUUCCUGUCAUUUCCAAACCUAGAGAACCACAAUAAAUAUCUAUUAUUUUUAUUUAUUAAAGCACUCCCUGGGCAAAGAAUAUUGUAAUGUACUCAUUAUUAAUUCCACUUAAAUUUGGGUAUCCACUAUAGUAGACAAGUACUAGGUAUUACAAGAAGUAAGACAAAACAUAACAAUUGCUUUUUAUGUGUUCAUAAUUGAGGCAAACAAGCAGAGACAUUCAUAAACAUUACAAUGGAUGUAAUAGAAUCUAUGGUCAUUGUUUUCAAGCAAUAUCAAGACCUGAG